AAGGCGCGCGAGCAGAAGGCGCGGGUUUUGGAAGCCCGCGGGAAAGUGGCGGUUUGAAGCUGCAGCAGAGCUCGAGUCGGACUCUGCCGCUACCGAAAGAGAGAAAGGACCAGAGUUACCUUUCCCAAAACUGAUGAGUCUUAAAGGGUAAAAAUGCCUGUUGUUACUCCAAGAAAAAGGAAACAUAGCUCUUCAAAGGAUGACUGUCAACAUCAUACUCCCAUCAAUGUAGCAAUAUCAGGAGCACUGACAAAGAAGAGAAUCCUUGAUUUUGAUGAAGUUUCCUGUCCAUCAAGAAUGUCAUCCCUGGAAGUAGCAGACUCACCAAUGUUAAGAUGGUCACAAAGAGAUUCUGAUUCUGUUAAAGAAAUUCUUUGUGACAACUGCAUUUCACCACAGAAGUUAUCUAUUAAUAAACGUCAAGAUAAUUUACAGAAUAGAGUCUCCAGACACUCUCUCAUUAGAAAGGAGUAUUUACAGAAACCUACUGUACCUGCAACAUCUUUCUAUGGGAAGGGGAGGCAGCUAUACCUCACACCUCUUGAGAGAAAAUUGGUGGGUGCAAACAAGCUUUCGAAGUGUGACAUUGUAGAUGAACAACCCAAGAUGAAAAAUACAAAAUUGCAAAUGAAAAAGCAUAUCAAAACAAAAGUACAGUUGGCAGUUGGCUCCAGUUCGAAACAUCUAAUGGAUUCCAAGAAAACCAGAGUAACACAGAAAGGUGGAUCUAACAACACCAGGGAUCUGAAUGAAAAUGCGUAUUAUGGAUCUAUAACCAGGACACUUGUUUUCAAUUCAAAAGUAAAUGGCCAAAAAGUACAGCAGAAAUCAAGAAUCCAAACAGGUGCAGCUUUCUUUUCCACGGGCAGAAAAUCACAGAUGUCAUUCACUAAGAAGUUGCCAGAACUCAAUGCCAAGUUAGUUUCAUCAAAUACUUGGGUCCAACAUGAACAGGAUAGAAGAGACAUGAAAGAUGAUGUCAAUAAAACUGACAAAGAAGUUCUUCAAGCAUAUAAUCAUGAUAGUGCAACAUGUAAUGAGAUUAGACAGAGCUCUUACAAAAUUAAAACCAAAGCAGAAGUGGGAAGAAAAACUGAAAAAUGCAUGCAUCUGCCUUCUAACCUGUUCAAGGUAUUGCUUACAAGUGAGGUGAAAGUGAUGCUUCAGAAAAUUGAUGUGACACAAUUUAAACACCCAGCAUCAGUAACCAAGGAGAAGUCAUUUCAACAGGGAGAUUUAGCAACAAAAUGGUUUGACCAGUUUCAAGAUUCAGAGACUGAAAAGGAUAAAGAUGACAUUUUGAAUGUUGAGCACUUGAAUACUCAUGAAGCAGGUUUGGAAUUUGAAGAUCAGAAUACAUUUGAAGGAAAUAAUGACAUAAAUAAAGGUUUAUCAGCAGCUGAUGCUAUCUAUCCCAUUUUUCGUACUUCAACUGGCAGUAAAAGGCAUGAACUAGUGAAAGAUGAGACUAGUUCUGUUGAAUGUCAUAAUCCUUUUCCUACUGCUUCUGCGAUGUCCUGCCAUGGAUCCUUACAGAAGAACAAAAAAAAGAAAGAUUUUGACAAAGCUUUCAGUGACCAGCUUAUAAUAGAUGCAGGUCAGAAGCAUUUUGGAGCUGUCAUGUGCAGGUCCUGUGGAAUGAUUUAUACAGCAUCCAAUCCUGAGGAUGAAGCACAGCAUAUUCAAUAUCACCAAAGAUUCCUGGAAGGGCUCCGUUAUGUGGGAUGGAAGAAAGAGCGUGUGGUGGCAGAAUAUCUAGAUGGAAAAAUUAUAUUGAUUCUGCCAGAUGACCCCAAGUAUGCGCUUAAAAAGGUAGAGGAAGUGCGAGAAUUGGUUGAUAAUGAACUGGGAUUUCAGCAAGCUACAUUAAGCUAUCCAGAACGAAGUAAAACCUACAUGUUUGUCUCAAAUGAGAAGAGGAUUGUUGGCUGUCUUAUCACAGAAUCUAUCAAACAGGCCUUUCGGGUGCUAUCUGAACCUACUGAUCAGAAGAAUACAAAAACCAAUCACCUACUGGAACAUCAGCGUGCCUGGAGAUGUUCUACGGUGCCAGAAGAGGCUAUUUGUGGUAUAAGCAGAAUCUGGGUCUUCAGUUUUAUGCGGAGAAAACAAAUUGCCAGUAGAAUGGUGGACAUUGUUCGAAAGACAUUCAUGUAUGGAACUUGCCUGAAUAAAAAUGAGAUUGCCUUCUCUGAUCCAACACCAUCAGGCAAGCUUUUUGCAUCUAAAUACUGUGAAACUCCAAAUUUCCUGGUUUAUAACUUUAUUGGUUAACCUGAGUUUUGACUCUGUAAUCACUUACCCUGCCAAAUGUUGUACUAAUUGGUAAGGAAGACUCUAUUUGCUUUAGUUUAUACUAUACAAUCUCUGAAUACAGGUCCAGAAACCAAAUAUUCUCUUACCCCCUCGACAUUUAUGUAACUUACAAUACAAGCCACAAAUACAAAUUGGCAUUCAGCAAUUUUAAAUGGACUAUGUUUUUCAAGAUCCACCUCAUUGUGACACACUGGAUUGUUGACUCAAAAUGCAUUGACUAAGUUCAUUUGGGUUUCUACAUGUCGGAUAACAGGUAAUUAAAAAUUCAGGAAAUUUGGCACAGCCUCAGUCCCCAGUACGUGAUGUUAAAUUCAGACUAGGCUUCUGACACACUUUGCACUGUUUGCUUUUAGAUAAAUUGCAAAACUCAUUUGAAGGGUUACUAUGUUAAUUAUGUUGUUAAAAUGGAUUUGUGGAAACUUAAUAUUCUAAAUGAAAAGGAGUGAUUGAGACAUGUAAAUAUGUUUAAAUUUAUUGCUGUUCACCUUUGUCCAUUAAACUGCCUAUAAUACAGGCUUCUAGAAUGAGUUUUCAGAAACAAUUUAGUUUAGAAAAGUGAAAUGUCUGCAUAAUAAGGUUAUCACAGUUAGUGAAUUUUAAAUCUUAUCUUGCUAAGCCUAUUUUAACAGCUUUUGGCCCCUCCAAACAUUUGAUCCAACACUUAGUAUCUGUAGAAAUUGCUCAUU